CAGAUCUUCCUGCCCAGCCAGGCUGGCUUCAAACGGCAAUCCUCAGAGCUCAGCCUCCUGAGUAGGAUUUCAGGUGUGAGCCACUGGUGCCCAGCAUGCCAGGGUCUCCCAUGGUAGGUCCUUGCCUCCUAAAUCGCCCCAAACUUGAAACAAGUUUGUUUGCUUGGUAUGAGAAGGACUCAUCUGGGAAUUGGCUAACAUUCCCUGAAACGCUCCAAGGAAGGCAACAUGGAGAAACCCAGCGUGCAGGCACAAGACUCCCCCUGGGGCUGGGGGAGUCGCCACAGCUGCAGAGGAGUUGUGCCAACAGAACUCAGCUGGACUCCAGGGCAGCAGUGCAGACCUGGAAGGCCCUUGCUCAGGGCCAGGAGCCCCUCUUCUAUCCAGUGCUGCAGGUGGGCAACUGUCCCCCCGCCCCCCACAAGUCUGAUGGCCGUUUGCUUACAGCCGACCUGAAGGCUGCGCUCGGCGAGGCCAGAGCAGUCCCGGCAGUGGAGGACUCGCCCAGCAGAGGCAGGAUGCAGACAUGGCUUCAUGCUCACGGGCCUCCAGGCCCCGCAGCCACAGAGAUGAGAGCCAACCCCAAGAAGAAGCCACAGCCCAGGACAUGGAGAGGCACAACUCCUCAGGCAGGGUGGGCCUGACCAUGUGCCCCACCAAAGGCCUGGGACCUCAGGCCGCCCGAAGGCCCCACAGGCGGGUGAGAGCAACAGCUUCCCCUUGGGGCCCUCUCCUUGGAGCCCCCAUGCCUGGAACCCGCGGCCACCCCCGGCUCAUACACCACCGGGGUCAGCCCACGCGGACCCACAUUGGCUCCAAGAGACCCAAGCGGCCCAGGGUCCGGCGGUGCUCCAUCAGGGCACCAGACGAAUGCAGAGCGGCCCCCGGAACUGGCCCUACCCAUCCUCAACCCAGGGCAUCCCAGGACAAACACAGGCUGUGUGUCUCUUGGGAAGGGGACCAGUCUUCCACACAGCCAUGUCCAGCUGACCAGACAAGCUCCGGAAGGGGCCAGCAGGAAGCCCCCAGUGCCGGGGCCACUGUUCUUCAGGAUCUGAGGGCUCUGCCUGGCCAUGCCGGCGCCACGGGCAGCCACAGUGGUCACUGCCCACCCCACCUCCACUCAGGCUGGACCCAUGACAGACAGAUGGGGAGCAGUGGGGAGCUAAGCCAGCUGGACCAAGAUGCAGAUCUCCUAGAAGGUGCAGACACUGCCAGGCUCCCAGAGGUCCUUCUGGAGGAGCGCCCAGUGGAAGGGGAUAAGACACCAUUCAGCCCUGGACACGGCCCCUUCUUCUACAUCGGAGGCAGCAAUGGGGCCUCCAUAAUCAGCAACUACUGUGAGAGCAAGGGCUGGCAGCGGACCCAGGACGGCCAGCGUGAGGACUACAAGCUGAAGUGGUGUGAGAUCAAGUGCAAGGACAGCUACAGCAGCUUCCGGGAAGGCCAACAGCUGCUGUUCCAGCUCCCCAACAACAAGCUGCUGACCACCAAGAUCGGGCUGCUCAGUGCCCUUCGCGAGCACGCGCGCAUCAUGAGCAAGACCAUCAAGAUGCAGGCAGGCCUUCAGAGCAGGGCCCUGAAAAUGGAAGAUUUUUUCCCAGAGACCUACCGGCUAGACAUCAGGGAGGAGAGACAGGCCUUCUUCACCCUGUUUGAUGAAACCCAGAUAUGGAUCUGCAAGCCCACAGCCUCCAACCAGGGAAAGGGCAUCUUUCUGAUCAGGAGCCAGGAGGAGAUUAUCACCCUGCAGGCCAAGACCCAGAGCAUCGAGGAGGACCCAGCUUACCGCAAGAUGCCCUUCCGGAUGCCUCAGGCGCGGGUGGUGCAGAGGUACAUCCAUAACCCACUCCUGCUGGAGGGGAAGAAGUUUGACGUCCGCUCCUACCUGCUCAUCGCCUGUGCUAUGCCCUACAUGGUCUUCUUUGGCCAUGGCUAUGCCCGCCUUACCCUCAGCCUCUAUGACUCCGCUUCCAGUGACCUCAGUGGCCAUUUGACCAACCAGUUUAUGCAGAAAAAGAGCCCUCUGUACAUGAUGCUAAAGGAGGGUACUGUGUGGAGUAUGGACCGCCUCAACAGCUACAUCAAUGACAAGUUCAGAAAGACCAAGGGCCUCCCCAGAGACUGGGUCUUCACCACAUUCACGAAGCGGAUGCAGCAGAUCAUGUCCCACUGCUUCCUGGCGGUCAAGUCCAAGCUGGAGUGCAAACUGGGUUACUUUGACCUGAUUGGCUGUGAUUUCCUAAUUGAUGAGAACUUCAAGGUGUGGCUCCUGGAGAUGAACUCCAACCCUGCCCUGCACACAAACUGUGAAGUCCUAAAGGAGGUGAUCCCCAGAGUGGUCAUGGAAACCCUGGACCUGGCGCUGGAGACCUUCCAGAAGAGUCUGCACGGCCAGAAGAUGCUGCCCCUGCGGGCCCAGCGCCGCUUCGUGCUCCUGCACAACGGGGAGGCCGACUUGUGGCCCCGCCUCGGGGGCUCCCGCACCCUCCCGCGCCUGGCGCCGCCCCGGGCCGCCGCCGGCGAGGGCUCGCCCGGCGCGGGGCGCGCGGACCGGCGGGGCGCUCGCAGGCCCGCCCCGCCCCGGGGCGCGCCGGGCCGGCCGCUCUCCGCCCCGCGCCCUUCCCGGCCGCCAGGCCCCGGGGAGCCCGCGGCGCCGGACCCGGAGCGGCCGCUGGAGGGCCGCGGAGACCCCGACCCCGAGCCCGACCCCGAGCCAGACCCCUCCGCCAGGCCGCCGGAGGAGGAGCGCGAGGAGGAGCCGAGGGGCUCCAGCCACCGGGGCUCUUAG